AUGGCUGAUGCCUCCUACGUCAUUUGUUCUUCGUCACCACCUGGAGGUAAAUUCAAAGAUGCUGAUGAAGAUGCUCAGUUUCAAGAAACUGAACUCGUCAAUGACACCUUAGUGCUCAAUAGCCCCUUCACUGAACCCCAACUGGAAAAUCUCAAUCUGAACACUGAGCUUGUGGAGGAUUCUGACCCUUCGGAGAAUGUGGAAAGUGGUCCAAAAUGCGAGAAUGGACAAGAAGUUGUGCUUGAUAGCGAAGAUGACGAAAUGGACAAUGGAAGGACAGCAUCUGCUGUGAGAGGGUUGGCUGAUGAUGGAACCAGUCCAGCUGCAAGAAUUCCUUCAAUGCACUUCCAGAAGAGACCUGUAAGGCCACCUUUCAAACAAGCAGAUUCAAAUGGCACUGCUUUUAGUAAAGCUGCUAUUGUAAAGAACAAACACCACAUGCUUGCAGGGGAGAAAGGAAUUUCAGUUGAUACCAAGAUGUUAAAUAACAUUAACUCACCAGAGCCUGGGGAUUCAACCCAAGCUGCUCUUGGGUUUGUGGAUGAGUACUUGUCAUCUAGUGAUAUGGACUUGCUUCAAGAAAUUUAUCACAUAAAACCCACUAGAGAGAAAUCACUUCAUGUCCUGAGUGCAAGAGGAUCACUAAGUUUGGCUAGAAAAAUUAAAAGUCAAACCCAGAAUAGAGAAAAAGAACCCUUCAGAUGGGAUGGCGGUGAUCAAGAUGACAAAGGAGCUGGUAUCUUGUGUAGAAAGGUUAACACAGCUUCAAAUAUUGGAAGUGAAAACCAGAAAGAAGGUGGACAUCUUCAUAGCCAAGGAAUACGGUGUGCAGGUGUUAGAUGUGAUGAUGAGAUUGAGAACAUGGUCCAAAGACAUGGAAUUGAAACAAAAAGUAAAAGGAACUCUCUCAAGGAGUUGGAUGUUCAGUCAAGUUUAAUGAGAGAGAACGAGACUCCUUAUUCCAGUGUGAUACAUACAGAAGACAUGUUUGGUAUUGGUUUAGAUACUCAAAUAGCUGCUGAAGCUAUGGAGGCAUUAGCAUUUAUGCCCACAACUGGCUGCCAUUUCCAUGAUGCUCACCAACCUGAGAAAGCACCUGAUGGCUCUUUGAGUGAUUUGAUAGAGAAUAAAGGUCACUUGAAAAACUUGUUGCAUAAACAGAAUUCUGGUUUACAGUCCAUAACAAAGAAAUCAAAGAAGAGAAAGCACACUGAGAAUCAGGAGCCAAAUACUGUGUUGGUGGAAACACGAAAAAUGAUGAAAAGCAAGUCAACUAUUAAGGGACAGUCUGAAAAUAAUACCACUUCACCAAUACACAGUGAACUUGUCUCAAUUGAAGAGGUUUGCUCAACAGGAGAGUAUACUAGUUUUCAACCAGCCACCACAGAAUCCAAAAAUAAGAACAAGAGCAGAAGGCCAAGAAAGAAAAAUCAAUCAAUCCAUCAUACAAAGAGGAACAAUAAUGUCAAGGCGGAUGACACUAUUAGGUGCAAGAGGAAGGGGGCUGAUAUAGAGGCUGAUCCAUUGAAGUUGGGAAUUAGGACAAAACGUCUCAAUUCACCUACCAAUUUGUCUGGGAAGACUGGGAAAAACAGCCUGAAUCACCUGGUUGAAGUUAGUCCACAGCUAUCUGGAUCCAGCAGUUUUUUAAUAAAUGAUUCUCCUUCUUGGCUUUAUCCUAAAAGAGCAAGGGGGAAAAGAAAGAAGGCUAAUGUGCAAGACAAUCUUGAUGCACCUACUAUUUUGUGCAUUGAUGGAAAUGAAAGCAAUGUCUGGUCCACUAACAGUAUAGAACGCCAAAAUGAUGAGGAUAAGUCAUGCGUUGACAAUAGCAGAUGCUUGUCACAGGGGAAUUCUGUUCAACCUGGUUCAGCUGACGAUACCAUGAAAUUUGAAAGCUCACUUGAUAAGCGAUCCUCGUUGGCACGUGUUGAAAUAUCAGCUAAUAAGAGCAGUGCACAAUCCAGUCCAGAAAUUCCAACAACAGUCUCCUCCAGUAAAGACUUAAUGUCAAAUAACAAACGCACAUGCGAUGAGCAGCACAACAAGCCAUGCAACAAACGCCUUCGAAAGUCUCCCCUUCUGAAGGAGCUUAUUAGAUUAGGAGUUUCUGAGCCCACAUCAGCUUCAAUAGGGAAAGAUCCAAGACAGCGAAGAGAUAUGACAUUUGUUCGAGUUCUGUUUAGCCAGCAUUUGGAUAACAAUGUUUUCAAGAGGCAAAAAAAGGUCGUGGCAAGGCUCAAUAUAUCUACUGCAUCAAGCUCAAUGGAUGCCACACAUUUCAUAGCAGACAAAUUUAUACGCACAAAGAAUAUGUUGGAAAUUAUGGCUCUUGGUAAAUUAGUGGUGACACACUUAUGGCUUGAGAGCUGUGGGCAAGCAAACUGUUUUAUUGAUGAGAAAAAUUACAUUCUGAGGGAUGUGAAAAAAGAAAAGGAGAUAGGCUUUAGCAUGCCUGUGUCUCUGGCUCAAGCAAGACAAACACCACUCCUGAAGGUAGUUGAUGAAAGUCAGGUAUGUGCAGAGAAGGAUGAUAAAUUCUUAGAUGAUCUGUUGAUUCUUUCUUGUGAAGAGGACUAUGCAAUAUGCCACCAUUUCCUUAGUAGAGGAACUGCUGUCUACAGUUCAGAGCUUCUUCUGAAUGGCAUUAUUAUCCAGAAAUUGGAACCUGAGAGACAUCAACUAUUUGUGAAUCAAGCUACAGGAAAAAGGCCAGGUAUGUCUAAUCGAUUUGGGAAGGUAUAUUACAGAAGGCAUUCGAGACCCAUAUAUCAUAGUUGA